CCACGCACAUUUAACUUCCUCUUCAAACAGCAUACUGUGCAUUUUAUCAGCAAGCUCCUGUGUCACUGGGGCCCUGCUUCAUGCUGUGUCACCGAGCUGCCAGUCCAGGGUGAGCCUCAGGAACCUAUCAGAGCUCCACUGGCAUGGCCUCAUCGUCACACCACAGUGAAGCACUGGAGGAGAGGUUUGGGAACAUACCAGAGCUACGCUAUCCCAGCAAAUGAUUAUACCUGGAAUCACACCCAGUCUCUCCUUAAUGAACAUACAUCAACGGGCAAAAUGGGCAGCAAUGGCACAACCCACAGCUGCAACAACAUGAAUGUAACAUUCCAGUACUCCCUGUAUGCUGUCACAUAUAUCGUGGUCUUCAUCCCCGGCCUUCUGGCCAACAGUACAGCCCUCUGGGUCUUGUACCGCUUCAUCAGCAAGAAGAACAAGGCCAUCAUCUUCAUGAUCAACCUGUCUGUGGCUGACCUCGCCCACGUCCUCUCGCUGCCGCUGCGGAUCUAUUACUACAUCAACCACCACUGGCCCUUCCCAAGGUUCCUGUGCCUUCUCUGCUUCUACCUGAAGUACCUCAACAUGUACGCGAGUAUCUGCUUCCUGACAUGCAUCAGUCUGCAGCGUUGCUUCUUCCUCCUGAAGCCCUUCAAGGCCCGAAACUGGAAGCGCAGGUAUGACAUGGCCAUCAGUGCCGCCAUCUGGGUCAUUGUUGGGACUGCUUGCUUGCCCUUUCCCAUCGUGAGAAGUGCUGUCCUGGCCAACAAAUCCCAAGAUGCCUGCUUUGCUGACCUGGGAUACACGCAGAUGAGUGUGGCACCCUCAGUGGUAAUGAUCACAUUGGCCGAGCUGGCUGGCUUCGUGGUCCCUGUCGUCAUCAUCGCCUGGUGCACCUGGAAGACAGUGAUAUCUCUGCAGCAUGCACGUGUGGCCUGUGAAGGAGAAACUGAGAAGCGGAAGGCUCUUCGGAUGGUCUUCAUGUGUGCUGGGGUCUUCUUCAUUUGCUUCACACCCUACCACAUAAACUUCCUUUUUUAUACCUUGGUGAAGGAAAAAGUUAUCACUAGCUGCCCCAUCAUCCAAAGCACACACUAUUUCCACCCUUUCUCCUUGUGCCUUGCAAGUCUGUGUUGCUGCUUAGAUCCAAUCCUUUAUUACUUCACAACUUCUGAGUUCCGGGACCAACUCUCCCGCCAUGGUAGCUCAGUGAUCCGAUCCCGGCUAAUGAGCAAGGAGAGUGGUUCUUCGAUGGCGAGCUAAGUAGCCACCACCAAAGACUUGCCUUUCUCUCGUAUUCUUUGGCUUGUCCCUAAACCCAGAGAAAUAGCCAAGCCAUAGAUGGAGUUACUGGACACUUAGUAUGGGGGCAGUGGGCAUAGAAGGAGGCGGGGGUGGGAUUUGUUUGUCUGGACUGUUUUUGUCGUUCUGAAAUUGAGGACUCUUUUAUUUAAGAGAACAAGAUUAAAGCCUGACAGAUGUUUCAAGUGGAAGAGAAAAGUUGCCGUCUCACUGAAAAUGUUCUCAGUAAAUUGUGGUAAUUUCAUCCAAUGUGCAUAUUUAAAAAAAAAAAUAUUUUUGCAAUGUACAUAUUUCUUUUCUGUAGAAAAAACCCAAAAGCUUAUCUUGAAUUACUAUUCAGGAGCCAAUACCUUUUCCUUUCUUUUUAUAUAAUGUGGAUGAAAAAAGCCAGUCUCUUAGAUGUGAGGAUUACAUAAGCAAGGGGGGAAAACAAUAGAUAGAAUUUGGCCCCUAGUUCCUUUUCUUGAAGCAAAGGGGAAUUGGAGCUUACUUCAUCUCAUCUAGUGGCCAGCACUGAUACAAUUCAGUAGAUCAGGACCCAGCUCUUCACUUCACUUUGCCCACAAAAACACAGACCAAAACUGGAUCAACGUAUGUGAGUAUGGCUAGAGUGGUCUGGCCCAAUUUGCCUGUGGUCACUGCACUGGUCCUUAUGGGGUAGACCUGGUACUUUGUGUCUUAGCUGAGUCAGACUGCAGGAUUUUCUGAUAAUGUCCCAUUCUGCAGUGCUCACAGAUCUUGGUCCUAAAGGUUCAAACAAUCCAUUCCAUCAAAAAGGAUGUCUCCCUUUAGGUAUGGCCCAAAGGGUUAAGCCCAUUAAGCUGGCAUAGGAAAGAUGAAAAAGAAAAACAGAAUUUUAAGUAAAUCAGACAAGUCUCAGAGACUUAACUCCAUCACCCUAUACAUACAUAUCCUUACAAUCUUACAAAUUUCCAUAGGGACUUAUUGUACUGCUGCUAUGUGCCUUGAAUGCUACUGCUUUGAUGAGCACCCCUGCUAUUUAGCUCAGACGUGGAUAAGUUUGGUAUGAGGAAACCAGAUGACCCCAAAAUUCCGUGGCCAUUUUUAGUAGGUAGAAUGGUUAAAUCCAAUAACACAUGCUAUAGUAUAAUGAACCUAGAUCCUUAUCAUAUCCUGUGUGAAAGGGAGAAAGGGCAAUUGCUGGGAGGACAUAUUUCCAGUUUGAUUUUUUUUUUCCAAAGGUGAUUACUAAAAUUUCAGGAACAUUAAAGAAGAUUUCAAUGUAGGCAGACUGCUUAUUUGCAUUACCCUCCAGUGAGGGGCCCACACAAAAGAACUAUUUGGCAACAGCAAAAGGAGGCCAAGGAGAGAGGCAUAGACAAAUUAGUUUCUGCCCAAAGGGAGAAUGUGAUAUGGCUAUAAAUAAUGAGGGUUUGCUUUUAAAAAAUACAAUAUGAUUGAUGUCUUGUUUUUUUAAAUAACAUUUCCUGAUAUGCAAAUCAAAGUGCAUUGCACAUAUUGUUGUUGUUCAGUCACGUCUGACUCUUCAUGACCCUGUAGACCAUAUCACGCCAAUACUGUCCCCAAAUGGGGUUUUCUUGGCAAAGAUACUGGAGUGGCUCGCCAUUUCCUUCUCCAGUGGAUUAAGGCAAAUAUAGGUUAAAUGACUAGCCCAGGGUCACAUAGCCAGUGAAUGUCUGAGACUACAUCUGAACUCAGUCUUCUGACUCCAGUCCUAGCACUCUAUCCAUGAGCCACCUAGCUGCCUCUACAUUGUGCAUAAUACACACUUAAUAAAUGCUUCUUCAUUCAUUCAUUUGUAUAAUAUCCUUCCCCUGGUAGUAUUCUCCUUUGUUAAGAAUAAAAAGGCAAAGCCAAAACAGUGAUCACGUACAUCAGAAUAUGCAACAUUCCUCUUUUGUAAUCUACCUGCCCCUACAAAGAGGGAUUGAUUUUGCGGUAUGGAUGGUAAAUUCCCAUAGAGAAGCUCCAGAAGUGUCUUGGACAAGGCAACUGCUUUGGAAGAUGGUUUUCAUUUUGAUUUAUAAGUUCUGGCAUGUUUAUAAAUAUAUCCUGGGACCUUGGGCAAGUCACAACCUCUCUGGGUCUCCGUUUCCUCAAAUAAAGUGGAGGCGUUGGACUAGAUAACUUCUCUGGUUGUUUCCAUAUCUAUGAUUCUAUGGUCCUGACAUCUUAGCCAAUCUUGGAACUCCUUCGAAAUGGCAAAGAGCAACAUAGACUUUUGACUUUAUGAAGGACUUUUGACUACAAAGAAAACACUUUGGAUUUUGCGGCUACAGGUUUUGAGUUUGCCCACCAUUCAAGGCAAAGUUUUUGGGGGUGUUUUUGACCCUGUGAAACAAGGCAGCAGAGAAUGGUUAAUGUGGUACACGAGGAAAUGAAUACACACAUUCUAAAGAGCUGUGUACCUCGCAUUAUAUUAUGGCUAUGCUAGAAAGGUUAAAAUGACAGCUCAAGAAAGCGGGAAUACCAUUUGUUUCAAGGCAGUAAAGUGAACAACUAGGGGUCUGAUGCCUGUGUGUGUAAAAGGACAGUCACAAUGACAGAAUGAGGACAACUAGGCAGACGUUCCUGGAUUCGAUGUUCCAGAAGCCUUCCAGUGGUACUUAACAUCCCCAAAUGUCUUCUCAAAGUUGCCUGUUAACUUCUCCCCCAAGAAGCUCUUCCAGAAUUCCUUCACUCUGUUGUGAUGCUCCCAUCUUUUGAUUGGUCAGAAUAAUAAGGCAGAAAUUGUGAAGAAAUACAAUAGGAACUUUGUGCAAUGAUGUAUUAUAUUCGGUCCAAUUGUGUGUUAUGGUUACUGCCUCCUGUUUGGUUUGUACACGCUUUAGAAAGUGGUUUAAUGUUCAGUGUCAAGACAUAUAUACGUGAUGUAUAUUUCAUUAAAUAGUUGAUUAAGCAC